UUUGCUCCUGCGGUGACCAAAAUGAAGCCGUGUUUGAUUCUCAUCUGGGCAGCUUUUCUCUCCACAGAGGCCAAAACUCAGCACAGGGUCGUUGGGCUAAUCCUGUGCUCUGAUACAGAGCGAGAAGUCAUGUAUGGAGAUAAUGAAGAAGAAAUGUACCACAUUGACUUCAGCAAGAUGAAAGGAGUGAUGACACUGCCCAGGUUUUCAGAGCCCAUUUCCUAUCCAAUAGCUUAUGAGUCAAGUAUGGGUAGAAUGGAAGUUUGCAAAAGCAGCUUGAAGAUUUGGACAAAAAACUACAGCAAUCCUGAACCGCUAGAUGCUCCACAAAGCUCCAUCUACUCCAAGGAUGAACUGGAGGUGGGCUUUGAAAACACCCUCAUCUGUUACAUCACUGGAUUCUACCCACCACAUGUUAAAGUGUCGUGGACCAAGAACAACGUCAAUGUGACGGAUGAAGUCAGUCUCAGCAGAUAUUAUCCAACCAAAGAUGGAAGUUUCAACGUGGUCUCCUUUCUUAAGUUCAUUCCAGAGCAGGGCGACAUCUACACCUGCACUGUGGAGCACGCGGCCCUGGACAGCCCGCUGACCAGAACAUGGGAUGUGGAGGUCACUCUACCCAAUGUGGGUCUCUCCAUAUUCUGUGGAGUGGGUCUGGCUGCAGGCAUGAUGGGAGUCGCUGUUGGAACUUUCUUCUUCAUCAAAGGAAACAACUGCAAAUGAGACUCUGACUGUAAACAUCAGAGGAAACUGUGUGUGUGACCAGGUUUUCCUGGGGGGAGUGCUUAUCUUGUGCAAAACACUUCAUAAAAUAUCUGGUUCUUAUGUUGAAAUGUACCUUAAAAUCAACCUUUAUUUUCAAUCAUGAAAGUUUUCAUCUAUUGCACUUUCCGCAAUAAGACAUAA